CCACCAACGCUUGAGGCUGAUCAAGGAGAUAAGUAUAAGGUCUUAGAAGAAAGGUUGAAGGCUAUUGAAGGUGUUAGUGCCUUCGGGUUUGAUGCUUCAAACAUGUGCUUAGUUCCAGAUGUGGUGGUCCCACCAAAGUUCAAAGCCCCAGAUUUUGAUAAGUACAAGGGCACUGGCUGUCCAAAAAUCCACAUCAAGAGGUUCUAUACCAAGAUGGCUGCUCAUGCUUCGAAUGAAAAACUGCUCAUUCACAUCUUCCAAGACAGUUUAAGUGGAGCUUCACUUGAUUGGUACAUGCAAUUGGAAAGAGCUCAGAUCAAAACUUGGAAAGAUCUUGUGGAUGCUUUCCUUACUCAAUACAGUUACAAUCUGAAUAUUGCUCCCAACCGCAUGCAACUACAAAACCUGUCUCAAAGGAGUAAUGAAGCAUUCAAGGAAUAUGCCCAGCGUUGGAGGGAGUUGGCCGCUCAAGUCCAACCUCCCUUGAUGGAUCGCGAAUUGGUAGACACUUUCAUGAGCACUCUGCAAGGACCCUACUAUGAAAAAAUGAUAGGGAGUAUUUCAUCCAAUUUCGCAGAUUUGGUCAUCAUAGGAGAGCGUGUGGAAGCAGGAAUUAAGAAUGGAAAGAUUCAGAAGUUCACUAAGGAUCAGACUGGUGGAAGGAGGUCCUUCAAUGCGAAUCCAAGGAAGAAAGAGGAGGAAACUAAUGCCAUCACCACAAGUGCACCAGCUCAAAUAUCAUACUCGGCAAUGGUUCCUCCACAACCACAACAAAGGAACCAAUCUAAUGGCCGAAACAACUUUGAAAAGAGGGUUGUGCAAUUAGACCGCGUGCCUGUGCCAUACGGUCAAAUCCUCCCUUAUCUGCUACAAAAAGGAUAAGAGUGAUGUCAACUUUGAAAGCAGCUUCCACCGGUAGUACCUCCUUACCCAGCUCAUUUUA